AUGGCUAUUGAUGAUGGGCAGCUUCCCGAUGCUUCUCAAGGCCAAUUGGAUGAUCUGUUGGAAGGACAAGUAGAGACGCAAAACAACGUUGACGAGAAGAGCAAAAAGAUUGAGAACAGCCAAGAUGAGCUUCCGUCUUUAGAUUCCCAACGAGAAAUUAUCACAGAAGCUCUUAGACGAGACUCGGAAGCAGCUCAGGAGGGAGAUGUGGUGUGCGUCAUCCCACAGCGCUGGUAUGACAAAUUCUUAGAUGAAAACACUACUGAUCCGGAAGAAAUAGGCCAAUUGAACCCUUCGCUAAUCUGUCGAGAUUACAAAAAUUUCAUUCUGGUAGAAUAUGACCGACACCCUUAUUUAUCAGUUUCAAAGUCUGUUUUUGAGAAAUUAGUGAAGUGGUAUGGUCUGGCACCUCGUUCACAACCAGUAACAACGGUCUUAGUUCACGAUGAUGAAGCCAAUACAUUGGUGACAGAAUAUAAUCGCUGCCACUUUAGAGUACAUUAUUUGGUCGAGGGUUAUAGCGAGAGGCGAUACGCCAACAAUGGACCGCUUUAUGUGACAGUUUCAAGGCUCUCCAACAUAGAAAACCUAUACAACUCCAUUGUAGAGAUCUUCAAGGAAAAGGAAUCAAGUGCAAUUGAGAGACUAAAGGUUUGGUACGUUAAGGACUCAGAUGCUAAUGAGAAGAAGAGCAUUUUAUUAUCGUCUUACAAACUGAAUCCAUUACAAUUCAUGCAGCUUCCGGUAAAGACACAAAUUACUUCCCAGCUGCAAAGUCACUCCCUCAAGCGUUUAGGUUUAUAUUCUGGUGAUUUUGUCGUUGAGGUAAAGCAACAUGGCCAAAAAUACCAUUGGCUAAGCAAUUACUUUAUUUAUAAUACCCUGCAACCUUCGCAGGGAAUAACUGGGUUGACUAAUUUGGGUAAUACUUGUUAUAUGAACUCAGCGUUACAAUGUCUAGUGCACAUCCCAGAGCUGCGAGAUUACUUUCUUUACGACGGAUUUACAAGCGAGAUUAAUUCUGAUAACCCGCUUGGGUAUCAAGGCAACAUUGCAAAAGCGUUUUCAUUGCUUGUAAAAAGCUUGUUUGGAGCUUCGUACGGGUCAGCGAGCUCUCAAGCAUUCUCACCCAAUAACUUCAAGAUGAUCAUGGGCCAUUGUAAUACCAUGUUCUCUGGGUAUAUGCAGCAGGAUUCGCAAGAAUUUUUAGCAUUUUUGCUCGAUGGACUACAUGAAGAUUUGAAUAGAGUUCAUGACAAGCCUUACAUUGAAAAGCCCUCACUAUCGCCAAACAGCGAUGUAACAGAUCGCGAUACCAUCAAGAAACUCGCUGAAGAUACUUGGAAGAUGCAUCUGCUACGUAACGAUUCAAUCGUGACGGAUCUUUUUGUCGCACUCUAUGAAUCGACACUAGAGUGCCCGGAAUGUAGAAACGUCUCCAUUACGUUUGACCCCUACAAUGAUUUAACUUUACCGCUGCCUGUCAACACUACAUGGCACUCCAAAGUCAAGAUUUUUCCACAGAACUCACCGCCCUGCAUUUUAGAGGUAGAGAUGAAAAAGUCAGCUUCUUAUCAAGAACUUAAAGAUUACGUUGCUGAGUACGCUAGAAUUGAUUCUCGCUAUCUCUAUGGUUGUGAGAUUUUUAAUCAUCAGUUUUGCAAUAACUACGAAUCACCAGACACAAUGUCGCAGUAUCUGCCGAUAAGUGAACUGAUAUCCGAAUCUGAUGACGUUAUUUUCUAUGAAUUGAAUGCUUCCAGCGAUGAUACCAUAGUCCCGGUUUUAAACACAAGGAUUGAGGAUAACUUCAAUACUCCGCAGUUGUUUGGCGUACCAUUUUUCCUGGUUCUUUCUCCUGCGGAGCUCCAUAAUCCGAGCUUAAUUCGCUUGAAGCUUGAGAGGCAGUACACCCAUUUAAGUGGAGGCUUCUUAGAAUUUCCUUUAUCCUCAAUCGAACAGCCAAAUGACAUCGAGUCCUUCUCGCUUCUCAAGACUAAGUACCAGGAAAAUGAUCUCAUCGCAUAUCAAGAUCUUUUGGCCUAUGCGGUUCCCGAGGACUCAAAUGUGAACGAAUUUUUCUCCAUAGGAAUUCUGCAGAAUCAUGUGGUCGAUAUUGGUCCGGGGUCAAAUCCUUCUGGCGAAACCUCGUUUUGGGCCCCGACUUCUCGUCUAGAUUAUGGUCGUGCCAAAAACCUCACUGAGAUGCUAGACAAUAUUUCAAGAGAUAUUUAUGAUUAUCCCAACUUUGUGCAUAAUAUCGAAGCCAUGAACGAACCAAGUAACGAAUCAUCUUAUAUGCUCCACGCACGAAGGCAGUCCGAUGAUGAAAAAUCCGAUCCAGACAUCGAUGCCGAAGGAGAUUCUAGAAGUCUAAAUGAUGAAAAUAUCAUAGUAGAGACAGACUCGAACACGGAUACUGGGGAUCGUUCGUUGCGAAACAAUAUCAUAUCUCCCAGAGAUGUCAUAAUCUGUGAAUGGUCUGCUUCCCGUGUUGGGGAGGUUUUUAACGAGGAUACUCAGAUCAACUGGAAUAAGCCUGCUAAAUUGGUCAAUAACGAGGUGGAAGCUCGCAAGAAAGAAGCGGAAGGUCAAGAAAAAAGAGCAAUUUCUCUGCAUGAUUGCUUGAAGCUCUUUUCCAAGAAAGAAGUCCUUUCUAUGAAUGAUUCCUGGUACUGCCCAACGUGCAAAGAUCACAGACAGGCUACAAAGCAGAUCCAAUUAUGGAGUACCCCAGAUGUUUUACUAAUACACUUGAAAAGGUUCGAGAAUCAACGGUCCUUUAGUGACAAAAUAGACGAUACUGUGCACUUUCCAAUAAAGUCACUCGAUAUGACAGAGCAUUUAGUGCACGAAGAUCCAAGAGGAUCCAUCUACGAUCUGAUAGCAGUAGACAAUCACUUUGGUGGGCUAGGAGGGGGCCAUUAUACAGCUUACGUGAAGACAAACGAUAAAUGGUUUUAUUUUGAUGAUUCUCGUGUCACCGAAACGAAACCAGAAAGCUCUAUAGCUGGAUCUGCGUACUUGCUAUUUUAUUUGCGUCGUACUGAGAGCGGGAAAAUUGGCAGUGAGAGACUUCAGAGUAUUAUAUUGCAGUCUCGUAAAGAACACGAUUUCAAAAUUCAACAAAUGUUGGAGCAGCAGAAAACGAUAUAUGCCACGAACAAAUCAGAUGAAGAGGAUUUGGCUGAAGAUGAUGAGGACGACCAGAAAGGCAUUAGUGGUGGUUCGGACGAUUGUAUUGACCAUGAGGCAAACCGUAGCAGCUCAAAUGAAAAUCUACUUCAGUCAAGAUCCACGGAUUAUAGCAUAGCAAGCUUAGAAGUUGGAAAGGAAGACAGCGACAGUAAUGAAGCGCCGGACGAUAACUUGGGCAGGCGUAAGUUGAGGCUAUUGAAUAAAACUUAUACAGAACGUUCGGAAACGGCGUCACCAGAAUCAUCAAGUUCCUCUGAUGGCGCAGAGAGCAUAAGUGCUGUUCUAACAGGCUCUAAAAUCAACGACGAAUCUCUACCCAGAUCGCCCGAGAAGCAGUGA